CCGAGCAGCGCCCCGCCCGGCCCCGGCGCUCGCCCCCGGAGGAGAAACUCCUGCAGCCGCCGCCUCGCCGGGGCAGGCGACGAGGCCACCCUCCGUCCUGCUAGUGGCUGAGUAAGCCCUGAUUGCAGGGUGAACGGGAAAUCUCCUUAAUCGCCAUCGUCGCCUCUGGGUCUGGAGCCCGUUCAGAUCUUGCUUCUUCGAGGGGGGUAGAAGAUACAGCUGCUUCUGACCCGGGUUAUUAAGGGGAGAUACACCCUGAAGUUUGUUUUCCUCGUUUUUGCGUAUGCAAGAAAAUUGAUUAUUUUUACAAAGCACGUAAACUUGUGUAACCUUUUUCUGAGUGGAGGACCGAGUGGACAUGAACCUGAGGAUCACAAAGUAAAGUGGAUUCAGUACUAACUGCUCCUACAGUCCUGGAUGGCUUGUAGCUUUUUUUAAGUUUAGCCCUGGGAGGGAGACACUAGUGAAUUUGCAAAAAUGGAUAGUAAAUAUGAUGAUCUGGGCCUAGAGGCAAGUAAAUUUAUAGAAGAUCUCAAUAUGUAUGAAGCCUCCAAGGAUGGACUUUUUCGGGUGGACAAAGCUGUUGGCAACAACCCAGAAUUUGAGGAAACCAGGAGAGUUUUUGCCACUAAAAUGGCUAAAAUUCAUCUCCAAAAACAACAACAGCAGCAACAAGAAGAGGAGCUGAUGUUGGCUGACUCUAGCUCUCUAAAUGGUGGGGCCAAUUUUGGUGUCCAGCAGCAGUUUCCAAAUCAUCCUGUGCCUGGAGUAGCUGCAGGGGCCACUAAAUUGCAUUCAGGAGAAAAUAUUGCCAAACCUCCUCUGGCCACAGCAUCAGUGUGUGCAGCACACCAGCUUGCUUUUCCACACCACCCACAAGCUGUUCCUGAUGGGCAGCGAACAAAAUUAUACCAAGAUGGCAAAACAGCUAGCAAAGAAUAUGGCUAUAGAGAGAAUCUGGGGGAUUCUGAGGUCUCUGAAGGACACGGGUUCCACAGAGCAGCCCAUGUGAAUCCCAGCACUACAAAGCCAUCUUUUCCUUCUCUUCCCCAUGGACAGCAUUAUAAUGAGAAUCAGACAGGCAUCCCUGCUUGGAGAGGAGAUGCUGGUAAGUUUUCCAUCCCAAAAUCUGGUUUGGGGAAUUUACGAUCCAAUGUUAAUCAUAAUGAUCAGCUGCCAAGGAGUCCUACAAAAACCCAAGGUGAUCCUCACCCGUACCAGCAUCAGAAGUCACUGAGCUCCUGCAGGUCUUCUGAAAGUGGGUAUGGAAGCCAGGAAAAUGGGAAUGAAAGCAACAGACUCAGUCGAGGCUAUGACCAAAACUCAACUGGUCAGAGAUCUUCCUCUUUCUCACACACUCUGACCCCCUUUUCCACUUCAACAGGGUUUGAUGAUGAGACCGCAGUGGGAUUUCCACAGCAGAGAUCUUCCUCAUUCUCAGCCCCAUCGACAUUGCCUGCACAAGGGUUUUCAGGUCUGUCUGAUCAAUUUAGCCCAAACCCUGAGAGUGAGAUGCUACCUUCUGGCACACCACACAAAAACAGUCAUGACCACCCGUUAUGGUACCAUGACAAUUCUAGUUCUUCCAUGUCUAGUUCAGCUCCUACUCCGUUGCCUCCAAGCGUAGAUUAUGAGCAAGCCAGUGCUUGUCCCAAGGCUACAGCCCAUUUCAUAGUUCAUGGUCAAAAUCACAGGCUUAAUUGUCCUGGCUCUGGCAUAAGUCCUGAGCAGAAUUCCAUCAACGUAGCUUCACAUGGACCAAUGAUUUCUGAUGCUCCAAGGUCUCCAUUUAAAGAGGGUAUAAGCAGUCUGCAGCAUGACUCAGGACAUCAGGAAAAUUCCAGUUCUACAAAAGUAAAAUUACCCUGUCAGACCCUCCUUCCACAGCAGGAACAAGGGCCGUCUGCAGCUGAAUUAAAAUUGGAAGCACUUACCCAGCGUCUGGAGCAAGAGAUGGAUGCUCGUCCCAAGGCUGACUACUUUGGAACCUGCGUGAAGUGCAGCCAAGGUGUGUAUGGAGCAAACCAGGCUUGCCAAGCUAUGGGGAAUCUCUACCAUGAUGGCUGCUUCACCUGUGGAGCAUGCAGUCGAAAACUGAGAGGAAAAGCCUUUUAUUUUGUUAAUGGAAAGGUGUUCUGUGAAGAAGACUUUCUGUAUUCAGGUUUCCAGCAGUCAGCUGACAGGUGUUUCAUUUGUGGCCAUUUGAUAAUGGACAUGAUCCUGCAGGCUCUUGGGAAAUCAUACCAUCCAGGCUGCUUCCGUUGUGUGAUCUGUAAUGAAUGUCUGGAUGGAGUGCCAUUCACUGUAGACGCUGAGAACAAAAUCUACUGCGUCAGAGAUUACCACAAAGUUUUAGCUCCAAAAUGUGCAGCAUGUGGACAUCCCAUUCUGCCGACUGAGGGGUCUGAUGAGACAAUUCGGGUUGUGUCCAUGGACAAGGAUUACCACGUGGAAUGUUAUCACUGUGAGGAUUGUGGGAUGGAACUCAAUGAUGAAGAUGGACAUCGCUGUUAUCCGCUCGAUGAACAUUUGCUUUGCCACUCCUGUCACCUGAAGCAUAUAGAGAAAGGCACGACUCCAGCAGCUGUGUACCAGCGUCACUACUAGUCAGUACUGCUAAUUCCAAGAAUUAGCCUGUCGGAGGACUUGUUACAGUACACAUUUUUCCCCAGUUGAUUUCCAGUAUGCAUUUUCCCCAAUCAGUAGUUUACAGUAAGAGGAUACAGUGACAUUAGCUAGAUUUUUUUUCCAAGGUUUGUAUGUGUGUGAGCUCCACUCGUAUCACAGAUAUGUUUAUUUGAACAUGUAAUGUUUUCCAGGCUGGUCGAUUUCUUUUCCCGUGCCUUUUUCUGAUCUCAAGAGCUACUGAAAAAUCUUCCCAAGUGAAAGUAAAGAGAAGUACAACCGUCUGUCACAUCAGUGAGUUCGUAUCAUGUCAUGCACAAUUAAUAAGCCACAGACCUCUCUGCCUGCCUGCUGGAACAUAUCUUCAGUCUGUGAAGUGGUUUCUGACAAGCAUGUUUCAUCAAAUCCUCCAAGGAUAUCAGUUUAUUAAUACUGAUUCUAAGAAUCUUUAUAGUUCUUUAGAAAAAGGUUUCUGUGCACAAAAGCACUUUCAGAGCUUUCAGUUUGUUCCCAGAACUCCAAUGCCAGCCUGGCUGUGAAAUGGUUGUGAUGCAGAAUAGCAAUCUGAGCACAAACAAACCAGGCAUCUCACUUGGCUGCUGAAUGUCCACAUCCUAAUAAUAAUUUUUUUUAAACCGGAGCAAGAUAUACAAAGCCAUCUUGGUAAAUAUGGUCACCUAUGCUGUUGCUUGUGCAUUAGCAUGGUACGCUAGGAUGACUUUGUUGCAUAAAGUCUGAGCAGCAAAUUACGUUUGAAAAUAUCUGGAUGCUGAAAAUAUGUACGUGACGGCAAUCUGUCUCCCAUUAUCUCUUGCAAAAGUCACUUUAGAAAAGAGCUCUGUGCACACAGACACUUCCUAAGCUUUUCAUUUUGUCCAUGAAGCUCAGACAUCAACACUGCUGUGAAAAAGGUGUGAGUCAGGAGGGCUCAGUACUCACUUCUACAGUGUUUAUCCAGCUCAGACCUAUUUCAUAAUUAUGCCUAUUUAGAGUUCUGGGAACAGAUUCAAGAGCAUGAUGAAGGCUUCAUGUUUGCAGAGAUUUAGAGCGUAACUCUGCAACCAUCACUUGUGAGUAAGCCCAUUGACACAAAUGGAUUUGCUCACAUGAAUAAGGAUUACUUACGUGAACUGGGCUUGCAGGAUUAGAUCCUUACUUUUUUGUUCCAUUCAGAAAGCAAAAAUGGCAGAUGUUUUUCCUUUUUAAACACCCAUGCCUUUUAAUCAAAGAAAAUGCCUCCCAGUGGGUGCACAGCUAUGUGUGUGUUAAAUAUGCGAUAGAUAUUAUUUGCAUACUGUGUGUACUAAAGCUUUGUAGAAACUGGUAUACAGGUACAUUUUCUUUUUAUUUAAAAAACCAGCUGUUUCCACUGCUGUUUAGUAUCUGUGAACUGACAUCCCCAAUGUAUCCUAACUGUAUUGAAGGCUAAUUAAAUGCUAACUAAAUCCUUUUGCAUCAGAGCUAAGCUAUUUCUACAACCCUGUUUGAUAGUAUAGUGUACGGUUUCCUCCAAGAUCCACCAUGAAAGAGUGCUGACUAAAAUAGCUAACCAGUGGUAACUACAUUCCAGGAAUGAGCCGGAGCAAAGUAGCAAUAUUCUUCAACCAAACAUCUCUUCCAGUAACAACUUUCUUUUGCUAGCUAAUUGCUUGAAGUUAAAAAAAAAAAUAAAAAAAAAAAUAGGGCCAGUUUUUGCCACUCUUACUCCCACUGUAUAGUAUCUUACUCCAGGAGUAAUCCUACUGAAAUGAAUGGAGGAAUAAAGUAUUUCUCAGCUAACAGUGGCAGAAUCUGGCUCACGUUUGAUAUUCUAAUAUAUACAUUCCUCCCGCUCCUGGCCCUCCAUUUUUCUCCCCCAGUAUCCUUAGCCUAGAGCUGAGAGGAGCCAAUCCUGAAAGGUGAGAAGUGCUUCCUAGAAAUUGCUGAGUGUGCUCAACUUCACUUUGCAGAAUUGGGCCCAGCUGAUUCUUUUGUUUUUGUUUUGUUUUUCACCGAAUGUCAAGAGAGGGGCAUUUUGUCCCACAAAACUGUAGCUCUCAGCAUCCCAGCCAAAGUCACCCUCUGUCACUAUUUCCAAUGACAACAGCAACUUCCAGGUGCAGCAGUCACUCUGUUGUGAGGACAGAUAGGGCUCUUUCAAAGCUAUUGAUAAUGCUGUUCCUUGUUUCUUGUGGUAGAGGAUGCAAGAAAGCAGUGCAGAUAUGGUCUCCAGGCAAAUGGAGCAGAGACAAGCAACUUUCCCAUCUCCCCACUCUCCUUUCAUCCACCCCUCUUUCUUCCUCUCUCUCCUAUGCACACAGUAUCUCUAAGGUUGUCUAGAUUAGCGGAGGAAACUUUUGCUGGGUGUUUAACACCGUAAAAUAUUAAUCUCUAUUAACAAUUUAUUACAUAGCCUCAUUUGCCACAAUGUGAGUAGAAAUAAACGGAACCCAGCAACAGCAGAUUUUUAUGCUGAGAUGGUUCAGCCAGGGAAAGGUUUAAUCAGUUGUACAAGCAAGCGUAGUCAGUGGGAAGGGCGUUGGUUUAACAUCUGCAGGGGAGAACUAUGAUGCGAUUAGUAGUGAUGGGCAGGUUUCCAAUCCGAUGCCCUCAGUUUGCCCUAAUUGCCCUGCUCUGGCCACAAACCAGCCAAGGCUCUGGACUCUGAUUUUGGCCCAGAGCUCGAUCAGAUCAGCAAACACCCCAACAGAGCACAGCAAACUGGUUUUUAUGACCCCUCCAUUAGGUGAAUGCCUCUGCAUGUACUUCAUUGUGACUGCUGACCUUUGGGACGAUGCCACUGGAAUGAGGUUGGCAAGUAAGUCCUAUAACGAAGGCCAGAAAGGAUGGUUGGUUAGGGCUGUUCAGCGAGUUAUUGAGCAAGUGGGGUAGUUUAUCUCUGAAGCCCCAAUAUCCCCAAAGAUUUACAGCCUCCAGAUGAGUGAGGGAGGAAUAUUAUUAAGGACUGGUAGUCACUGCAUUAGUAUUGAGUGAAACAUUCCUAUGCUAGUGCCCUUGACUCUGAGGCAUGAUGGGGAGUUUUACUGUCGAUUUCAGCAGGAGCAGAAUCAGUUCCAAGAUGUACAAAAACUAGAACAUGGAACUGGAGGGCUCAAUAUGCAGCUGUUGAACAACAGGGAGGGGGAGGGGCGAUGCUGAUGCAGCAGCAGCGCUAUACACACGAAGGCUGAACCAGAUGUAGUAACGCAUAAGGACCAAAUCCUGUCAGGUGCUGAGCACCCUCAACUCUAUUUACCUUAGUGGAAGUGGAGGCUGCUCAGCUCUGCAGAGGAUCGAAGCCUGUAGUGCUUGCAGCCACACCCAGUAGGUGUUUGGAAAAAGCAGUUGCAAUCUAAGAUUGUGCCAAGGUGCAUGGGUGGGAAGCAGUGUAAAUUGGCAACUAAUGAACAUCACUGACUAUUCCUUGUAAACUAAAGCAUUCUGACUGGAGAAUAUAUGAAUAACUUUCAUAGGGAUGAGGCAUAAAUGCCAGGCCUGGCACUAGUGCUCUAUCCUCAAGAGAUCAGCAAUCCCAUGGCUAUGUUUUAUUAGUGAUACUGACUUUCAGAAAGCCACUGGUAUGCGUGCGUUUCUGGUCAUAAUUUGGGGAAGAUGUGAAAACACUAACAAGAACUGGACUCUCUUUUAAACACAAUAGACUCCUCAGUCAUUUAGGGCAACAUCUGCAUGAUGCAGAAUAGAGAUGAUUGGGUUAUUUUGGGCUGCAGUCAGACCAGAGGAAAUGCAAUCUCACAAGAAGUCUGCUCGUUGAUUUAAAAAUAUACCCAUGGAAAACUAGUCAAUGACACUCAAGUACAGGGCAACUUACUAUUCAAUAGAUAUUGGCGGCUUCUCCUUGGGUUUAAACUGUCACUCUCUUCUCUAACACUAAGAGGGAAGGGAAAUGAGAGAAUGAAAAGUUACUCUGUGGAAAGCCUCUCUUGGCCUGUCAUUCUGCUGUGAGUUACACUGGAGAAGACUUCUCUGAACUGAUGGAAAAUUCAGCCUCCGGUUCCACAUGGUGUCUUGUUUCUCAUGUGAGCAAUCCCAAAGCCCUCAUCAUUGGGGCAAUGGAGGAUUAUCCUACUUUCUUUGUUACAGUUCUAUAAAUUAUGAGUGAUGUGAACUUUUGUUUUCUCCUAGUGUAUUUACAGAGAGUUAGGCAGCAGCAUUAAGCAAUUGGGAAGGAGUGUAUAUGUUUGUGUUUGAAGCUAAAGUAUACUGAAUAAUUGCUCACCUACUUGUUUUAACUUGUACUGUUUGAUCUUUGUCAGUCUAAAUUAAUUCAAGAUGCUUUUUGUUCCUGUUAUUUAGAGGAAGAUAUUUACUGGUUUGUUUUAAAGUCUGAUGUACAUUUUCAUCUCUGAGUUACUUAUUUGCCAAGGCCCUCUUCCUCUCUGAAAGGAGUGGACACAGCAGAUUUCACUGGAAGGUGUGUGGGUGAGAAGGCUGCCUUUGCAGCAGCAUCUCCUAGCCCUGGAACCCAUGGAACUCCCUCUACAAAUACUCUGCAGGAUUUGGAGGAAUGGUAGUGGCAAGAGCUUGUCCUCAUCACAUUCUCCCCUUCCCAGGCUGUGGAUAUCUGAACCUAUGCUGAUGCUGCUAGUAGUGGCCCCAGGUCUGCACCCGUCUCUGCCAGGGGGUUUUAUGCAGGCCAGGGAGUCUGAAAGCUGUGCUGUCAGGGGAGAGGGAGGACCAGGACCUCUGAGGAACUGUGGAUUUCCUUCCUCAGGAACCCUGGAGAUCUGUGGGGUGAGAGGCCCUACUCCCUGCCCUCAAACACCUCCCUCAAGGGAAGAAUGCCAGAAAAUUCAGAGCCUGUAAGGUGCUAAGGAACCUACCUCCCACGGACUUCACGGGGAAUUGAGGGCACUCAGCACUUUGCAAGACCAAGCCUUCUGCAAGGUCAACCUGGCAGACUUUCCUGGGCCACCUGUACCUUUUGCCAUGGGAAUUUUGGCAGGAGAGGAAGAGUAGAUCUUAAGCAGUUUAAAGCUGCCUCUGUGGAGAAGUUAAGAGCAAGAUAGAGCUCUCACAAAGUGUGACAAAUUCUGGCUUAUUACAUGGCUUAUAAACAUCAUCUCUCUUCUCUUAACAUGCAUGUGCAAUCUUUUGUUAAACAAGUUCUUGAAAGCCGCAGUGUGCUCUGAAAGUUAGUCUAGUCUUUAUCUGCAGAAACACCUUUGCUCUUUUAAUUUACUUUUAGGGUAAAGGAUGUUUUGAGGUCUCCAUUUUGCAUAUGAUUAUUCAUUACAGCCAAAUAGUUAUUUAAAUGAGAAAUAUCUAGAGUUUGCUUUCAAAAACCAGGAUUUAAUAGAUUUUUAACUCAACUCAUGCCUUUAAACACACACAUUCUCUAUUAUUUAGAAGACUGUUGUUGGCUUAAAUUGGGAUUUUUGCAUAUAAUAUGGGGCAAGACAAAAAACUGCAGUAAAGACAUUUGUGUGUAUUUUAAAAUAACAGCAUGAAAAGUAGUUAAGGUCUAAAAGAUUCACAAAACUGCAGUGGCUACUAAAAGAAAGAGAGGGCCCAAUCCUGUGCCACUGAAGUCCAAUGGAGAUUUGUCAUUUAUUUCAAUGGGAGCAGAAUUGGGUCCUUGUUUAAAGAAGACUUACACUUGCUACGGAAAAGUUUUCCUUUUUUCCUAACUUCACCAUGUUGGCCCAAUCCUACAGAUGCUCUGAAUGUAGAACUGCUAUUGAUUUUGGCAACAGUUCUGCUUAUGGGCUGGUUGCCAAACUGAUCCUGAUGCUAAGAAAUCUCUCUCUCCUUUGAAGGAGUAUGCUUGUAUUUAACUUUUAUGUAUAUGAGUUGUCUUAUUGGAGUUAGUGGGCCUACUCGCGUACCCUGAAGUAAAGUAUGCGUGUAUAAGUUUUUGCAGAUCAGGGCCGAAAUUAUUUAAUGUAUGCAUGAUGCAGGUAUGGGAAUAAAUGGUAUACAGUUUGUUUUAAGUGGUCAUUUAAAUAUACCGGGGCCUCUUUAAGUAACUUAAACAGUGGGUGCUCAUUUAAAAAAAAAAAAGCAUGUUAUCAAACAAUGCUCUGGUUUUGGGUGGGAGAUACGGGGUGCUUAUGGUAAGAGAGGAGCCAAAAGUCUUUGUGGGGGGAAAUUGUUCAUCAUAUUACCAUAAAAUUAGUUGACAGAUUUUUUUUGAGAUUUUUUUUUUCCACCCGCUCUGUAGAGUGGACACAGCUCUGCUCUCUCUGACUUCAGGGCAAGGAGUAUCAGGCCCCAAAAGCAAAAUACCGUGUAUCCUCCUUCUGUCUUUGUGUAUGUCUGUGGCAUUACAGGGGGAUUGUGCUUUGUAUAAUAGAACUGCCAGGUAUAUUAUGGCACUGAGACCUCACCGUGGUGAUAGCAAGUAUCUCUAGGGUUUCCGGGCAAGCUUUUUUGUAGGUGAAUGUGGGAUUCAUUGGUCCUUAUACUGGGAUGCAUUAUUGUGUAAUACUGAUGAAGUCAUUGUCAUUACAAUAGGGAUGGAUUGGGUCAACAACAUAUGCUGCCCCCAUCUUAAAAACUGACUGAACAUCUGAAUCUGGCAGUUAGUCAGAAGACUUUCCCUUCUCCCAUCACAUGGCAAGUCCACUUUCUAUGACACUGGUUAUAUGGCACUGUUGUGUACACCUAAGAGAAGCAGACCUAGCAGUCUGCGUUCUCUGGUAGGCUUUGGAAAUACCCGCCUUUUGAAACAGCCCCUCAGAGGGCUCAUAGGGAAAUAAACUGACUGAGGAGAAUCAAAUUCAGGCUUCUCUAGCACUAAAAUUCCUGAGCCCACUAAAAGGGAAACAGGAGAUCGUGCAGCAGAGUGCACCACCUCCCAGCCUGAGGAAAGAAGUUAGGCAUAAUUUCUGCCCUAUGUGGAAAAUAUAAUGUAUAAGCUAGUGCCUUUAGAUGAUGGUUACCUCACAGAGACUGUGUCCCGUAUACUCUAGUGUUUGCUGCAAAGAUGAAUGAAUAACUUGCUUCUAGAACUAUUAUCAUGCCCUUACUAAUAUUGACUCUUAUUCCCAAUGCAGCUGGUCUGCAGUAUACACCCACACUUGAACUCAGGCACACACAGGAAUUACACUGCUUUCUACUCCAGAAAGUAAAUCCAGAACCCAGGUGGAAAUACUGAAUGGUACUAAUUUUUGUUGCCUUAAAACUCGGAUCCAGAAGAGAGUGUACUAGAACUGCUGUUCGUGUAUCUAACCUCGGCUACGUAUGAAUAUGUUUUUUUUCUUUUAUGCUGUUAAAUAUUUAUAAUGAAGGCCUGUAGCAAUGGCGAACCUUUUGGCCUGCUGUGAUUUCAGUGAUUAAAAAGAAUAUAAUAUAAUAA